AUGACGGACCCAUUCAAAGCGCGAACGCUGAAGCGUAAGAAUGUGAAGGGUCUGGCCCUGAAUGCAACUCCCAAAGCCGCCUCCAAACCGUCAGACGGUGAUGCGCAGAUUCCGGGCGCCAUCGGAAAUCUGGAUAGUCACCGGACAGAUACUCUCGAGAUCGGACUGGAAUUCAAAUUGGAUCUGCGCAGCGAGGACUUGGUCCCCCUGAAGGAAGUGGGUGCGGGAAAUGGUGGCACGGUCUCGAAAGUGAUGCACGCUUCCACCAAGGUCGUAAUGGCCAGAAAGAUCAUCCGCGUCGAUGCGAAAGAGAACGUGCGGAAACAGAUUUUGCGAGAACUUCAAGUGGGCCACGACUGUAACUCGCCAUAUAUUGUCACAUUCUACGGCGCUUUCCAGAACGAGGCCAGGGAUAUCGUCUUAUGUAUGGAAUAUAUGGACUGUGGCUCUCUAGACCGGAUUUCCAAGGACUUCGGGCCUGUCCGCGUUGAUGUCCUGGGCAAGAUCACGGAGUCCAUAUUAGCAGGCUUAGUCUACCUUUACGAGACACACCGCAUCAUGCAUAGAGACAUCAAGCCGUCCAACGUACUGGUCAAUUCCCGCGGGAACAUCAAACUCUGCGACUUCGGAGUUGCUACGGAGACAGUUAACUCGAUUGCUGAUACCUUUGUCGGCACAUCGACUUACAUGGCGCCGGAACGGAUCCAGGGAGGUGCUUAUACAGUGCGUUCUGACGUGUGGAGCGUUGGUUUGACUGUAAUGGAGCUGGCUGUGGGACGUUUUCCGUUCGAUGCAAGCGACUCGUCUGCUGGAGACAGAGCAAGUGCUGGCCCGAUGGGUAUAUUGGAUCUGCUUCAGCAGAUCGUCCAUGAGCCCGCGCCCAAGCUGCCGAAGAGCGACGCCUUCCCCCAGAUUCUACAUGAUUUUGUCGCCAAAUGCCUAUUGAAGAAACCCGAGGAGAGACCGACUCCCCGGGAACUCUAUGAUAAGGAUGCUUUUCUGCAGGCAGCAAAGCGGACCCCGGUUGACCUCCAGGAAUGGGCUGUCAGUAUGAUGGAAAAACAUAACAGGAAGUCUUAUCUUGCUCCACCUGCACCGAAGUCACUCAACCGGGAUGGGUCUAGAAAUUCAAGCUCUACACCGAAGCCUCCAGGUGCAACGACCGGCACAUCUUCCCAUCCACCGUCACAUCCUACCCCCACCUCUGGCGACAUCCCGCUCAACAUUGCGAGCGAGUCUUCUGCAAAUGGAUACUACAAUUCCGAUCCCGCGUCCGCUCCUAAUUCGAUGAAGUCAACUCGUGCUGCUCUGGAACACUUGUCGCUCGAAACUCGUGAUAGCCACGGCAGUCACACCGGUCGUUCAUCUCGCUCCUAUCGGGGUGAUGCUCUUUCUGCUGAAUCCCCUUCGCGUCCUAAUCUGGGUUCUCGAUCAUCAAGCUCUCAUAGCCCAUCUGCAUCGUCGGGAUUGCACGCUGCGAUGCUCCCGACGCGAGCUGCGCAGAACGCAUCAUUUCCCGUGCCCCUGGCAUCCACAGGCGGAUCGCUGAGAGACCAUUCAGGGCGUACCCGUGGUGAAAACGCGGCUUAA